AUGGCCGCACAAGAAGGCACUUCAAACGGGCACCCCAUCGCGGUGCUCAAUUCCGACAUCCUUCCUCGCCUACCGUCCCAAUCACCUCUCCUCUUCGCCGCGAAAAAGCAAAAGAACUUGUCUUUCGAGACCAUCGCCAAAGCCCUCGGCCGUGAAGAAGUAGCCGUAGCAGCACUCUUCUACGGCCAGUCCAAGGCCUCUCCAGAAGAUGUCACCAACCUCGCCAAGCUCCUCGACAUUCCCGAGUCGAAGCUUUUAGAGACCGAGAUGACAGGCUUCCCGGACCGAGGGAGGCAGAUGGAGAUGCCACCUAAGGAGCCGUUGAUGUAUAGAUUGUACGAGAUCGUGCAGAAUUACGGUUAUGCGUAUAAGGCGGUCAUGAACGAAAAGUUUGGGGAUGGGAUUAUGAGUGCGAUUUCUUUCUCGACGACGGUGGAGAAGGAGGUUGAUGAGAAAGGGGAGUGGUGUAAGAUCACGCUGAGGGGGAAGUGGCUCCCAUACACGCGAUUCUAG